UUGGUUGCUAAGGGUGUGACAUCAUCAUUACGCGACCAGGCAGGCACAGGACAGAAGCGAACAGAUGGGAAUCAUUUUCAUGCUACAAUAACGCUUCAGAUUAGUUUGUAUUUGUAACAAAGACUUCACCAUGUCAGUCAUGGCAACAGAGGGUGAAGUGAAGACGAGUGAAGAGGCUCCAGCCACUGGGAAGGCCAGCACCAGGUUCGACUUGGAGAAGGAGACCGAACUUCGGUUUGAGGUGGAGUCAGGGGAGGCAGCAGAGCAAGUUGAGCUGGAGCUCCUCACAGGAAUGGCUGAGGUGUUUGGCUCAGAGCUGAACCGCAACAAAAAGUACACAUUUGGACCAGGCUCCAAGAUCGCAGUUUUCACCUGGCAGGGCUGCAGUGUGAAUCUUUUUGGGAAGCCAGAGGUGGCUUAUGUGUCCAAGGAUACUCCCAUGCUGCUAUACCUGAACACACAUGCUGCCCUGGAACAGAUGAGAAAACAAGCAGAGCGGGACAAUGAGAGGGGGCCAAGGGUGAUGGUAGUGGGACCUACAGAUGUGGGGAAGUCAACAGUGUGCCGACUCCUAUUAAGCUACGCUGUAAGGGUAGGCCGGAGGCCAACACUGGUGGAACUGGAUGUCGGACAGAGUGGGGUGUCUGUACCUGGGACAGUGUCGGCACUGUGCAUUGAGCGUCCAGCAGACGUGGAGGAGGGUUUCUCAGUCCAGGCUCCUUUGGUCUACCACUUUGGCUCUACCACCCCAGGCACAAACAUCAAACUUUACAAUAAGCUGACGUCACGCCUGGCGGAGGUGUUUUCCCAGCGCUGUGAGGUGAACAGGAAAGCCAGCGUGGGAGGCUGUAUCAUCAACACCUGCGGCUGGGUGAAAGGAUCAGGAUACCAGGCUCUGGUCCACUGUGCCUCUGCCUUUGAGGUGGAUGUGGUGCUGGUGCUGGACCACGAAAGGCUCUACAAUGAACUCAAACGAGACCUCCCUCACUUUGUGCGUGUUGUGCUCCUACCCAAGUCCGGGGGGGUGGUGGAACGCUCCAAGGAAUGCCGGCGGGAUACUCGGGAUGAAAAGAUCCGCGAAUACUUCUAUGGCUUCCGUGGAGUGUCCUUCUACCCUUUUUCCUUUGAAGUGCGUUUCUCAGACGUCCGCAUCUACAAGAUCGGGGCACCAUCUAUUCCAGACUCGUGCUUGCCACUGGGAAUGUCUCAGGAUGACACACAGCUAAAGAUGGUGCCUGUGACACCAGGGAGAGACCUCACGUACCAUGUGCUGAGCGUGAGCAGUGCCGAGGACGGAGAGGAAGGCGCAAGAAAGGACAUAGUGGAAAGUCCUGUGUGUGGCUUUAUUGUGGUGACUUACGUGGACACGCAAACACAGGUGAUGAAAGUGCUGUCCCCAGCCCCCAGACCUCUGCCCAGACACACUCUGCUUAUCAUGGACAUCCGCUUCAUGGACAUGAAAUAAAGCAAAACUUAAGGGAAGAAGUGGGGAUCAUGUUAGUGAGAAGUUCUGUUAAGAAGAAUUUGGUACCAGAUGAGCUGGAUUUUCUUUUCUAGUUGUCUUUGUGCUUUGUAAGAACCACAGAGGGCAAAAGAAGGAAAGAGAGAAGUUCUAAAAUUUGUACCUGCUGUAAAUUAUUCCCCAUUUUAUAGACCGCACUGUAAGGAUGUUUGGGUAAUUUGUGUUAAGGGAUGUUUUACCAGUGCAGGAAUUAUUUUCAUGAUGAUCUGUUUUAUAAACACUGUUUUUUCUCUUGAAUAAUAAAUUUUUAAAUGUAAAAA